AUGUUAUCAUAUUUACCAAAAAAUCAUACUAAUAAUAGCGAUAAUAACGAAAAUACAGAAAAUUCAGAAAAUCCCGAUAAAGAUAUAUUAUUACCUUUACGAACUUUAAUAAUAGAUAACUAUGAUUCAUAUACAUUUAAUUUACUUCAGCUUUGGAAUAGUAAAGAAAGCUUGAAUAAUGUGGUCGUUAUUAGGAACGACCAAUUUUCCUGGUUCGAAUUUAAAGAGAACAUAUUACCAUAUUUUGAUAAUAUUAUAAUUUCACCUGGGCCAGGUAGUCCAGAAAAUAAUACCGAUUUUGGAAUAUGUAAAAAUAUUCUAGAAUUAGAUAAUAUUCCAAUAUUAGGAAUUUGUUUAGGGCAUCAAGGUAUUGGAUUAACUUUUGGAGGAAAGGUGACGAAUGCGAAAAGGAUAAUGCAUGGAAGAUUAAGUUCUAUUUAUCAUGAUGGAACAUUUAAUCCUAAUUCAUUACUUUAUAAAAUUCCUAGUCCAUUUUUAGCUGUGAGAUAUCAUAGUUUAGUGGUAGAUAACAAAGCAUGGUGUAGUGAAGAUGAAAAUGAAAAGGAUAAUGGGUUACAAGAAUGUUCUCUCAAUGUUAUUAAUAAUUCUAUUAAUACUAUUAAUACAUAUAUUAAUACAAGUGAUAGUAUUAAACUUUCUCCUAUUGUGGUAAAAGAGGCAAAUAGUACAAUUAUGGGAUUACAACAUGUAGUUAAACCAAUUUAUGGAGUUCAAUUUCAUCCAGAGAGAGGAAUUUCAAUUCCUCGUCAAAAACUUCCUGAACAUAUCAAAUCACUCACAGUGGUUCCCAAGAGUUGUUUCAAAUCAAUCAGUUAUAAUAAUUUAUGGAUUGAUGAUUCAUCAUUGGUAUUUCAAAAAAUCGUAUCAAUUGAUAAAUCUAAAUGUGGAAUUUGGUGGUUAGAUAGUGCUAAAUUACCAGAUCCACAAAAAGAAAAAUUAUCAAAUCAAACAUAUUGGGAUUGGAUGUCUGAAACGAUGCAACAAUUUAAUCAACGUAUUAUUGGAUUACGAGUAUUAAAUGAUAUAAAUGAUGGAAAUUAUAUGAAUAAUAAUAUUCCAUUUGAUUUUAGAUUAGGAAUGGUGGGAUAUUUUGGAUAUGAGAUGAAACCAUUCAUUUUUGCUACACAAGCGAUUAUAUUUGACCAUGUCGAAAAACGGAUAUGGCUAGCUGGUUUAGUUCAUAAAGAUUUAAAGGAUUCCACUGCUACUACUUCAACUAGAUCAAAAAAUAAUUGUAUAUUAGACAUUCCAUUGGGAUAUUCUUUUAAGGAUUUUAUAUCUUGGAUAAAUUUAACUGAAAAAAAAUUAAAAAAAUUAAAAAAAUUAAAAAAAUUAAAACAAUCAAAUCAAUUAAAUCAAUUAAAUCAAUCAAAUCAAUUAAAUCAAUCAAAUCAAUUAAAUCAAUUAGAACAAUCAAAUCAAUUAAAACAAUUAAAACAUUUAAAACAUUUAAAACAAUUUAAACAAUUAAAACAAUUAUAUUCAUAUUUGGGAUCAAUAGAAAAAGCCCAAUAUUAUAUUUACGAAGGACAAAGUUAUGAAAUAUGUUUAACAACACAAUUUCGAACUUCAUUACCAAAACAAGUGGUAGUAGGCAUAAGAGAAGAUAUGUUUGAAUUAUAUCAAUACAUCCGAACAAAUAAUCCUGCGCCAUUCUCAGCAUUAAUUCAUUUCCCAACUGAAGAUUUGUCAAUAUUUAGUUCAUCACCAGAAAAAUUUUUACAAAUAGAUAAUAAAGGAGUAAUAGAAAUGAAACCUAUUAAAGGAACAAUUGCUAGAGCUAAAGGAUGUUUUUGUCUACGUAGUGACAUUGAUGAUGAUGGUGUUCCAGAAUGUGGCAAAGGUGUACAAUUAGAUUUAAUUCGAAAUGAUUUAUCCCAAAUAUGUUUACCUCACACAGUUAAAGUUCCUACUUUGAUGAAAAUAGAAUCGUAUGAAACUGUACAUCAACUUGUAACUACUGUUCAAGGAAAUUUAAGAAAUGAUUUAGAUUGUAUUAAUGUUAUACGGUCAAUGACAGGAGCUCCAAAAUUACGUUCUGUUCAAUUACUUGAUGAAUUAGAAAAUAAUAUUCCGAGAGGUGUAUAUUCUGGUUGUUUAGGAUAUAUUUCAUUACAUGAUGGAACAACAACAGGAGAAGAAGGAGGUGGUGGUGGUGGUAGUAAAAGAGGAAGAGGUACUGCUAAAUUUAAUGUGGUUAUAAGAACUGUGGUUAUAAAGGAUGGAAAAGAAAUAUCUAUUGGUGCUGGUGGUGCAAUUGUUUACCUUUCAAAUCGAGAAUCAGAAUGGAAAGAAGUUUUAUUAAAAUCUCAAUCCGUUUUACCUAG